UUUUUCAUUUCAUGGGCCAGUGCCCAGUCACCAACCAGACUUCGUGAUCUGCUCAAGGGAAUCUAUACAAAAACAGGUUAUUUAUCAGCAUCAAACUUCAACGUACAACAAAGAACUCUGAAAAUAAAAAGUUCCAGGAACAAAGUACAGAGGAGCUCUACAAAUACUUUUCAGUAUGCAAUGGCCUUGGAUACAAUGGAAGAUCUGAGUCUGCAAGAGCCAAUGACAAGAGCUGAAACAGAUGAAGUGGAAGGUGUUACUGUAAUAAAAACGAUAUGCAGCGUAUGGGAUCAAGUUUGGAACUUCAAAGCCAGACCUGAUGAUCUGCUCAUUGCAACCUAUGCAAAAGCAGGUACCACAUGGACACAGGAGAUAGUGGAUAUGAUUCAAAAUAAUGGAGAUACCGAGAAGUGUAGACGCGCCAGUACUUACAAGCGGCAUCCUUUCCUUGAGUGGUAUCUCCCAAAGUCUUCAUUUCAGAGUUACUCAGGCCUGGAAUUAGCUGAAGCUAUGCCUUCUCCACGAACACUGAAAACUCAUCUCCCUGUUCAGCUGUUACCUCCCUCCUUCUGGGAACAAAACUGUAAGAUAAUCUACGUGGCAAGAAAUGCCAAAGACAACCUGGUGUCAUACUACCAUUUCCACAGAAUGAAUAAAGCACUGCCUGAGCCAGGAUCCUGGGAGGAAUUCUUGGAGAAAUUCAUGGCCGGAAAAGUGCUCUGGGGGUCCUGGUAUGACCAUGUAAAAGGAUGGUGGAAGGCAAAAGAUAAGCACCGUAUUCUCUACCUCUUCUAUGAAGAUAUGAAGGAGAAUCCAAAGCGUGAAAUUCAAAAGAUACUGAAGUUUCUGGAGAAGGAUAUGGAAGAGGAGACAUUAAACCAGAUAAUCCACCACACCACGUUUGAUAUAAUGAAGGACAAUCCCAUGGCAAACUACACCAAAGAUUUUGUGGGAAUAAUGGAUCACUCUAUUUCCCCAUUCAUGAGAAAAGGGGUCGUUGGGGACUGGAAGAAUUAUUUCACUGUGGCACAGAAUGAGAAAUUCAAUGAAGACUAUACGAAGAAAAUGGCUAAUACCUCUCUUGUUUUUCGCAUGGAACUCUGAGCAUUAGGAACGGGAAAUAUUUCCUGUAAUCUAUCA